UCCCUGCGCAAGACCAGUCCCACAAAACUGUUCCUUUUCCUCACUCAACCGGUCUCAGACUGUCUUGACAUCAUCAAGCAAGCGAGUAUGACGAGAGCCUGAACACAUCCCAGGAGCGUUGGAGAGUGGAGAAGACCACUGGCUGCCAGGGAAACAAGGAAUUAGGUUCUAAACCUGACCAUGGAAAGGCUGGCAAUUUAUUUGCUGAUUAUAAGCACAUCUGCAAAGGCCAUGAUGUGCCCUAAGAGAUGUUCCUGUCAGAAUGUCUCUCCAUCUUACACUAUCCUCUGUACCAAGACCGGCCUUCUAUUUGUGCCCCCCACCAUAGACAGGAGGACAGCAGAGCUUCGACUCAUGGACAAUUUCAUAACCACUCUUCGAAGGAAAGAUUUUGCUAACAUGACGGACCUCAUUCACUUAACACUCUCGCGAAACACCAUUAGUCAGGUCAUGCCUUAUGCAUUCUUUGACCUAAAAGGGCUCCAUGCCUUGCAUUUGGACAGCAACCGGUUAAGCUUUGUCAGUGAAGAACAUUUUAAAGGUUUACUAAACCUCCGACAUUUGAUCUUGAGUAACAAUCAGAUCCAUUACAUAGCUCCAGGAUCAUUUGAUGACUUUAUCGACACCUUGGAAGAUCUGGACUUGUCCUACAACAAUCUUGUUGACAUUCCUUGGGAGACUAUCGGGAGGCUAUCCAGUGUUAAUACAGUUGGUCUUGAUCAUAAUCUCAUUGAAUAUGUUCCUGAGGGAAUCUUCUCCAAUCUCCAUAAACUGGCCCGAUUGGAUAUGACCUCUAACAAACUAAAAAAGAUACCACCGGACCCAUUAUUUUCUAGGAUCCCUGUUUAUGCCAAAUCAAAAGGAUCUCCCUUAACAUCAUUGGUGCUCAGCUUUGGCGGGAAUCCUCUUCAUUGUAACUGUGAACUGGUGUGGCUUCGACGGCUUACCAGAGAGGAUGACUUGGAAACAUGCGCCUCGCCCUCUGAGCUAAUGGGUAAAUAUUUCUGGUCAAUAAAAGAGGAGGAAUUUGUUUGUGACCCUCCUAUGAUAACUCACCGAACUUCAAAGCUGGAGGUCAUGGAAGGCAAAAGUAUCUCAUUAAAAUGCAAAGCAGUAGGUGACCCUGAACCUUAUGUUAGAUGGAUUUCUCCUGAUGGGAAGCUGGUCUCCAAUACCACUAGGACUAUGUCAUAUGACAAUGGAACUUUAGACAUUUUCACCACCAGGUUUACAGAUCGUGGAAAUUAUACCUGCAUUGCAUCCAAUGCUGCAGGGGAAUCAACUGCAAACGUGGAGCUCAUAGUCAACCAAUUCCCCAACCUUGCAAACAGCACCAGCUAUGAGAAGGAAACAGAGUCAGGGCUUUCUGAUAUCCUGACGCCUGCCAAGUCUAGCAUUCCAUCCAAUGAAACGAAAUCUCUGCAUGAUAGGAAGGUUGUGGUUGCAGAGUUGACCUCAUCCUCGGCACUCAUCCAAUGGCCUCCCCAGAGUCACAUCCCAGGGAUAAGGAUGUACCAGAUUCAGUACAACAGCUCAUUAGAUGACAUCCUCAUUUACAGAAUGAUUCCAUCAUCCAGCAAAUCGUUUUUCCUAAGUGACCUGGUGUCCUCUCGUAACUAUGACUUGUGUGUCCUGGCCGUAUACGACGAUGGCACAACCGCUUUGACUGCAACUCGGGUGAUAGGCUGUGUACAGUUUACAACGGAACAGGAGUAUAAGCAGUGUCGAUCCCUCCAUGCUCAGUUUCUCGGUGGAACAAUGAUCAUUAUCAUCGGUGGUAUCAUUGUGGCCUCUGUCCUCGUCUUCAUUUUUAUUCUACUCAUGAAAUACAAAGUCUACAAUAACCACCCCAAAUCCAAACCAGCCAAGGUCACCAAUGUGUGCUCUCAAACCAAUGGUAGUCAGAGCGGUACAAUUGGACGUUCGUCUUCAAAACUCAAUGAAAGGAGAGACAGCAUUAUGCAGGACAUUUCGGGAACAUCCAUGAAAAGCAAAACCAUAGUUGACCUCACCCCAGAUGGUGAAAAAGUGACUGUAACUGACACUACCUUUAUAACAAAUGACAUUCUCUCUCACUAGCAAAAUACCAAUACCACAAACUUAUGCACCUCUUUUAAAAAGGGACAAUCCACUGAGAACUGGUCAUUGUGGUACUGUUAAGGACAUUUUCAUGCAAGGAGUCGUCUUUUCGGCUUCAUGCCUAUUGUCUAUUUUUAAGAUCAGAUGGUUACAACAAAAAGCUAUUUUUUUAAUCUGUAAAAAUGUUUACUGCAUUCUUAACUAUUUUUUGGUUCAAUAUUAUUAAAUAUAAAGUGUGUGACAAAAACUGGCUAGCUAGAAAUAAUUGGUUUUAAACAACAACA